AAGAUCAUGCGAUGUCAAUGGAUCGCAGCAAAUAAAUCAAAAGCAGAGGGUAGUUUCGGCUGAGCUGUGAGCUGAAUUGAGCUCAGCUGAGCGCCGCUUUAUUAUUUUUCCUCUUGCAUUUGAUGUAAUGGCUGCUCUGUUGAAUCCUCGGACGGUUGUUUGUGUCGGGGCUUUUCUUGUUAAUUGUCAAAUUUAAUGAUCACUUAGCUUUGGGAUGGAUGAGAAAUUGCUCAAGCCGCGCGUGUUGUGUCUUCUGGUUAAACUCGCUUGGUGGAUGAAGAAGAAGAAAAUGUUCUUUAUUCAUUUGAUGCGAAUCCGUAAGGAUUACUGAUUUUGUUCUCUGAAUGAUUCGGAACCUCAAUAAAUGGUCUGGAAGGGCAGUGCUUGAUUGUCAUUUUCUUUGAUCUUUGUUCUCUGGCUCGGUAUGCACCACACUACCUAUGUUAAUUUUCUUGGUCGUACAGAAUAAUAUUCAGUUGGAAUAUUUUCGCCUUCUCGAAACCUUGGCCUGUUUUCUUGCAUGGUAAUCUAUUGAAUUUUCGAACUUUCUAUGUCAUUUUCAUCAUGUACGAAUAUGUUAUUUGCAAUUAUUUGUAACUAAGAUAUUUAUGUAUGGACCGUGGAGGUAACAAGCCAAUUACGCUCCUCUCGACACCUAGCUGGAUAUGCUUCUGCAGCUGAGCAAAAAGAAUUCGAACACUCUAUCCCUCUCGUAUCUCCUUCCUGCUAUUGCUUCUGCUGAACUCUCCUCCAUUUCUCCUCUAUGUCUGAUUUAGCUCGCAAGGGUAACUUACAUCCAGACUGGGAAAAAUCGCCACCGACCUAUCUCCCUAUCUACUGCUCCAGUAUGCCUUCGUCCUCCCAUUCACAGCACGGUAGUAGCCCACGCCCUUCCCCUUCCAUUGGGGAGACUAACCCCAAUCGUCCUUUUAUCGCUACUGCAGUGGGCGUUCCUGACAUGGCCCCUUUCUCGGCAUUUCAACCAUAUGUUGCAACAAGUCGUCCGCGAACAACAUAUCCUCCGCAAGCAUCACCAUUCCCUCCACAAACACCAACAUCCUCAAGAGGGUCAUGUAUGCCACCUACACCUCCCAAUGGUGGCAUUGGCAAGGACUACUUGAUGCGGGAAAGAAAGGAUGGAUUAUACCCGUCGAAUUGCCGAAUCAAGUACAUUGUCAGAAUCAUGCACAAAAACUAUACUGACCCUUGGCCUUUGUGGUCAGAAAUUCCAAAACUGAUCCGUGAGUUGUGGUUUAAAAUGUGGAAGAAUUAUGUCUGCUGGGAUCCAUGGUACGAGGAGCAGAUGUGGAGGGCUUUCAACGCCAGAGGAGGCAAGCGCUUGAGGCAAAUUUUCUAUGAGGCACUCUGGUGAAGUGGAUCUCUGAACAUGUAUGGGACCAACUUCUGGUGAAGUGGAGUGAUCCCACGUACAAGAUGACUGGGGGAGCUAAAUAAGAACAAUCGGGCUUCCGGGAAUGGAGGAUCACUCUAUAUUGGAGGAUCCAUUUCUCCCGGUACAACUGCCAUGAAGAUGGUAAAAUCGUACCAACUUAAGUAAUUAUACAGCUCAUUUUAUGUGGUAGUUGCAUAUAUAUAACAAUUGAAAAAAAACUGGGCACUUGCUUUUUGGUUUUCCUCACUACAUGUGAAGGAAUUGGGACGGUGGCCAACAACGUCAGAGGUCUUUGCUUGGACCCACCGGAGGAACGUUGAUUCUAGCUUGGCAGAGGAACCGUCACGGAAGACUCAUGUAAGGUUAAAUUUAGUUGGGGAGUUGUUGAAUUUCAUAGGUUGUCAUCUAGAUUGCAUGCUCUCAUUUUGUAGAAGGAUUUUGAGCAAGAGUAAGCUAGCCAACAGGUAGUGGGGGAGGACGGCCUUUCGAAUCCUGCUGCCCAGGAGUCCGAGACCGAGAUGUGGUCGAGGGUAGUCGGGGACCAAAACAAGAGUUGUAUCUACGUGUUGAGCCGCAUGACUAGCUCAACCAGCUUCAAUGUCCGUAAUGAUGUGCCCGAUUCCUUGAGUGGCUUUCAGGAGCAGAUAGGUCAGAAGAGGAAGCGCAUGGAACAGUUGGAUGCAGAAACGAGAGCGCAAGCUGAAAAUGAUAGGAAUGUGCGGGUGCAACAGGAGGAAAGAAUUAAGCAAAAGAUUCCCGAACAGGUCGUGCAACAACACUUCAUGAUGGAGCCACGUCUAUUGCAAUGCGAUCGGAGAUGCAGCAGGACGAGCAACUAUUACAACAGAACACGGGGUUACUGGCCAGCAACACAAAGUUAAUGGCCAGAAUCAAUCGAAACCUUGAGAUGCUGAUGCAGCGACAGUUCUCAAAGUCUCAUGGUCAUGCACGUGCACAGCUUCCGGUUACUCCCAGCCGAAUGGGGAAGAAGAAGACGAGGAAGAGGGAUGACGCACGUGAUGAUGGAUCGUAGAGUUGGGAUUUAAUUUGUGCGCUUGGAUUACUCUGUAUAAGAUAUUACAGACUGCAUUGCGUAAAAUUUGGGUUUAUAU